GACCUGGGGCUGCAGCUGACGGAGAUUCGCGAUGACGGCAUUCACAUCUUGGACAAAGGUACUACGCAGUAUUUCGCUCUGCACGGGAAGACGGGACAUUUAAUGACGGCGGAGAGGAUCGACAGAGAGCAGCUGUGCGAGCGUGUGCAGCAAUGUGUGCUGCGGUGUGAGCUGAUAGUGGAGGGACAGAUGCAGGUUUAUGGAAUCCAAGUGCAAAUCACGGACAUUAAUGACAACGCGCCCAGCUUUCGAGAGGCUGAGACAGAGCUGAGAAUGAGUGAGACGACAGCCCCGGGUUCGCGGUUUCCCCUGCCAGACGCCCAUGAUCCUGACUCGGGCCGUAAUUCCCUGCAGAGCUACGAGCUGAGCGGCGACGAGCACUUCUCGCUGGCCGUGCAGGCGGGCCCCGGCGGCGAUCAGCGUCCCGAGCUGGUGCUGGCCAAGGCGCUGGACCGGGAGGAGGCGGCGUUUCACGAGCUGGUUCUGAGGGCGAUGGACGGCGGCGAUCCGGCACGGACGGGCACGGCUCGGAUCCGCGUGACGGUGCUGGACGCGAACGACAACGCGCCCGUGUUCAGCCAGGCGGAGUACACGGUGCGAGUGCCCGAGGACGUGCCCGUGGGCUCUGUCCUCGUCACCGUCACGGCCAUUGAUGCCGACGAAGGGCUGAAUGGUCAUGUGAAAUACUCAUUUAAGAAAAUCACAGGGAAAGCCUCGCAGAUUUUCCAGUUGGAUGCCGAGUUAGGAGCAAUCACUGUUUUGCGGAGCCUGGAUUUUGAGGAAGGCGACUCCUAUGAGCUGGAGGUGCAAGCGCAUGAUGGUGGGGGCUCAUUUGACACUGCGCAUGUUGUGAUUACCGUAACAGAUGUGAACGACAACGCACCCGUCCUCACAGUGUCAUCGAGGGUGAAUGAAAUCUCUGAGGAUGCCCCG